UCUGUGGACUGGAGAGAGAAAGGCUACGUAACCCCUGUGAAGAAUCAGGGUCUGUGUGGUUCUUGUUGGGCCUUUAGUGCAACGGGUGCCCUUGAAGGACAGAUGUUCCGGAAAACUGGCAAACUCGUGUCACUGAGUGAGCAGAACCUGGUGGACUGCUCUUGGUCUCAAGGCAACGAGGGCUGCCAUGGAGGCCUGAUGGAUUAUGCCUUCCAGUAUGUGAAGGACAACGGAGGCCUGGACUCGGAGGAAUCCUAUCCAUACUGUGCACAGGACGGAUCUUGCAAAUACAAGCCUGGACAGUCUGUCGCCAAUGACAGUGGCUUCAUGGACAUCUGUCAGGAUGAGGGGUCCCUUAUGGUGGCAGUGGCAACUGUGGGGCCCAUCUCUGCUGGGAUCGAUGCAAGCCUGGAUACCUUCCAGUUCUAUCAUAAGGGCAUUUAUUAUGAUCCAAACUGCAGCAGUGAAGACCUGGAUCACGGUAUUCUGGUGGUUGGCUAUGGCUCUCAAGGAGAAGAACCUGAGAACCAAAAAUACUGGAUUGUCAAGAACAGCUGGGGCACGGACUGGGGCACGCAGGGCUACAUACUGAUGGCCAAAGACCGGGACAACCACUGUGGAAUCGCCACCUCAGCCAGUUUUCCCAUUGUGUGA